UAGGAGAGGGGAUCCGGGACUGGGCAAUAGUUAAAGGUGACCAGCAGGUGGAUGCCCUCAGAGGCAGCGCGGUGUCAGAAGUGGAAAAGAUUCCAGGUCAGGAAACUUGGUCCCCUAUUCCUCGUUAAACUAGUGCCCAAUCUCACUACAUUCUCAGGGUUUUACUGUACAAGGCGGGCUGGACUUGUCCUCUAAAACUGGAGGGGAAAAGACGGAAGGAACAACUUAAGUCCUCUCAAAGAACCCCAACACCUCUCCCCAGGCAGGCAAGUCCCGCGAGACCCCGCUACCACCUCCCGAAGCCCCAGGUCAGAAGGAAGAGAGGUGGAGCACGGCCCGGGGAGAGAAGGAACUCGCACGAAAAGGAUGCGAGCGCGGGCGGCCAGGAGCAGAGCGGCGCGGCCCCUGGGUUCCCGUGUGAUACGCACCAGGGGCGUCGGGAAGUGGUCAGAAGGAAUCUGGUCUCCGCUGGGGGCUGCUGCGGCGCGCUCAGAGUUUGUUUCCGGGUCAGAGGGCGGAAGCAGCGAUUGGCUCCCGAGCCUUCCCGCGAGAUUUAAAAUUAAAAUGGACAACUUGGAGACUGCAGCUCGGCCGGAGUUUGCUUCUGUUGGGUCUGCACCUAGCGGGUCUACUUUGAGCCAGAGAAUGGCUGUGCUUGAUCAAAAGUCUAUCUUGGAUAUGAUUAAAGAGUUCAGAAGGAAUUGGCACAUUCUUUGUGACUCUGAGAGAACUACUGUAUGUGGCGCAGACUCCAUGCUCUUGGCAUUGCAGCUUUCCAUGGCAGACAACAACAAACAGCACAAUGGAGAAUUUACAGUUCCUCUCAGUGAUGUCUUAUUGACCUGGAAAUUCUUCCUACAUGAGAAGUUGAACUUACCAGUUGAAAAUAUGGAAGUGAUUGACCAUUAUGAGGACAUUAGAAGGACUUACGAUGAUUUCUUAAAGAAUAGUAAUAUGUUAGAUCUGAUUGAUGUUUAUAAAAAAUGUAGUGUUUUGAUUUCUAAUUGUGAAAAGAAUGCCAACAUAUCCCCUAGUCAACUACGGGAUUUUCUGCUUGGAAGACAGUAUGCAGUAGCUGCUGAAACUGAUCUUUAUGUACCGACAUCACCAAUGAGUAAACACAACCAGGAUAAUGAAAAGGUGCAGUUACUAGCAAGGAAAAUUAUCUACUCAUAUUUAAGCCUGCUAGUGAAUUCAAAGAAUGACCUGGCUCUGGCUCAUAUUCUUAAUAUUCCUGAUAGAGGACUUGGACGAGAAGCCUUCACUGAUUUGAAACAUGCUGCUCAAGAGAAAAAGAUGUCGAUCUUUUUGGUGGCCACAUCAUUUAUUAGGACACUAGAGCUUGGAGGGAAAGGAUAUGCACCAUCACCAUCUGAUCCUUUAAGGGCACAUGUAAAAGGAUUGUCUAAUUUUAUUAACUUCAUUGACAAAUUAGAUGAGAUUCUUGGAGAAAUACCAAAUCCAAGCAUUGCAGGGGGUCGGAUACUCUCAGUGAUAAAGAUGCAGCUGAUUAAAGGCCAGAACAGCAGGGAUCCUUUUUGUAAAGCAGUAGAGGAAGUAGCUCAGGAUUUGGAUUUGAGGAUUAAAAAUAUUAUCAAUUCUCAACAAGGAGAUGUAAUUCUUGGUACCACUGAUAUCAGUCCUGCAAGGCCAAAAUCUUAUGCUAUAAACCAUGGUACUGCAUACUGUGGCAGAGAUACUGUGAAAAUUUUACUAGUUCUUUUGGAUGAGGAAGCAGCCAGUUUGCCUACCAAAAACAAAGCAGAGCUUUUAUAUGAUGAUGAAAACACAAUUCAUCAUAAUGGGAUUUCUAUUCUUACACUUUUUAGAUCUCCCACACAAGUGAAUAAUUCAUCAAUGAAACCCCUAAGAGAACGCAUCCAUAAAUCAAUGCACGAGAAAAAAACUAAGAUGAAGCAAACCUUAAUUAGAUCCCAGUUUGCUUGUACUUAUAAAGAGGACUGCAUAAUAAGCAAGGAUAAAUGGAAUGAUGUUAAUUCAGCAUCAGAGCCUUUGUAUGUACUUCGCAUGGAAAAUGACCUUUCUGAAGGUGUAAAUUCAUCUGUUAGAAGACCAACAGUUGGAACGAGUUCUGGAAAUGUUCAUCUGGACAGAAGUAAAAGUGAAAAAGUUGCAAGGAAAUCAAGUAGUCAGACAGGAAAUAAAAGCUCAAAGAGGAAACAGGUGGAUUUAGAUGAUGAAAAUAAUCUUUGUGAUAGUGGAAAUGAACCAUCUCAACAUAAAAAUUUUAAAAUACCUAAGACAUCAAACAAUUUCCAGAACAAAUUGUGUGGCAAAAUAGCUAGAGUAGCAAAAAGCAACAACUGUACAGGCAAGGACAAAUUGAUUACUGGCCAGACAAAGUUAACUCAAUAUUUUAGACUAUGAAUUUGUUUUUUAUUUGCUUUAGAUUUCUGUAUAUAUUAAACCAUUCACCAAAGGCAUCUACUUAAUUUUUAAGAGAUCAAGGUAUAGGGGCGCGUGGGUGGCACAGUCGGUUAAGUGUCCGACUUCAGCUCAGGUCAUGAUCUCGUGGUCCAUGGGUUCGAGCCCCACAACGGGCUCUGUGCUGACAGCUCAGAGCCUGGAGCCUACUUUGGAUUCUGUGUCUCCCUUUCUUUCUAUCCUCCACCACCCAUGCUCUGUCUCUGUCUCUCUCUCUCAAAAAUAAGUAAACAUUAAAAAAAAUUAAGAAAGAGAUCAAGGUAUAAGUUAUGAUUCUUUAUUAUAUUGGUCUGAAGUGUAUAUAAGGUUAGUAUGUUAAGCAUUUAAAAAUACUCAUAAAUCAUAAUUAUGCAGAAUAUUCACAAAGUUUAAUGCACAGAUAAAGCAUAUCAUUUGUUACAGAUUUAUUUACUUUAUUUUAAAACAGACAUUUUAAAUAAUACAAGUCAUAGUAACAUUAAGGGCUUUUUCCUGGACAGACAAUUAAAUGAUUUUGUUUUCUUCAGGAAAGAUGUGGUCCAGCAGGUUUCAGACUUGCCAACAAGGUCGAUAGACUCUUCCCAGCAUGCACCUGAGCACUGAAGGAAUAAAAAAGUUUAAAUUGUCUAAAGGACUAUUAUUAUCACACAAAAUUUAUUAGAAGUAAGAGAAUGGAUCUUAUACAGCUAAUUCUGAGUAAGUCAGUAUUACAAUAACUCUUAAAUUCUUUUUAAUCCCACAUCUGUGGCAGGGGGCAUUUAAUGUCAAGUGUAAUUGAACCAUGGUCUUACUUGAUUUUGUUAAGAUUGGAUCCAGAUCCACUUAAAGUCAGAAUUCUCUUUUAUAGUAUUAAGAUGUAAGAAUUGAAUUUUAAAAAGACUACUCACUGUCAAAAUCUCUCCUUCCUAUAGGAAAUUUAGCUGAGUUUUCUUCAUCCCCAAUUUCUCUCUUUUCUUGUGUUGAUUCAGUAUUCUGAACUCCAUUCUCAGCUGGAAAAGCUACAGAUCCUUUUAGUGCCAGAUAAGGUUUUAUAGCCAGAUUCAGUGGCAGACCAUGAUUUAAGAAAUUAUGUUUGGAGCCUGUGUUCUGUAAAGAAAAGGUUGAUUUGUGUUUUAGCUGUCUUAUUGGGAAUAGAACUAUAAUAUAGUUGUAUAGUAUUCUCACUGGUCAUUUCAAAGAUGGCUCUGUACUGUUUUGACUCUUUAAAAAUACAUUAGAUACAGGUUUUUGGGAAAAACCUUUUGGAUAAGAGGUGUUGUCCAGAAUGAAAAAACCACCUGCUAUGGUACGAAAUUUCGUCAGUUGUCCUAAAGCAUAAUGUGACUGCUUGCAUAUAUUUUUAUAAAAUUUUACUUUCAAAAGCAUUGUAAACAUCAUUCAGAUUUCCACUGAAAAAAGGAUAAGUCCCAUUGCCACUUACCUUUGAAUUUUUGUUUUCCUCAUCGUUCAUGAAACUGCUCUCAUCAUUUUUAUAUUGUUCCAGAGAAGGAACGACGACUGAUUUUUGAGGAGUAUCAUCCUUCUGAAAAGCUUUCCCCAGCCUGAAUGUAUUAAAUACCAUGUCAUCUUCUAAAUUUCUUAUGGACUUGGAUGCUGAAAGUAAAAUGCCUUGAGAAAACAGAGAAAAAGUUAGUAUUAAUAUGUAGGAAGAGAGACUCAUUUUUGCCAUUCUUAGUUUGAUGUUUGCAUAGAGUCAAAUAAAAGUAUGUAAAGUGAAGGAAAAUUUCUCAAGUCAACCUGCUUUGAAAGUGAUUCCUACCUUUAUAUAUUUUCCAGUUUGAAUAGAAAACACUUCAAAGACGUAGACUUUCAUCAUUCUAGAAAUGACUCAUCAGAUAGAGGCUAACCUCUUGUAUAGCUGCUAAUACCUACAUUGUUUUGGUUUUAGUGGCAUAUUGUUUAUUUUGAGUGUGUAUUUUCUCAGAAUCUGAUUAAGAUCCUUGGUAGAAUGCUUUCUGUUGAAUAGAUUACAGUCUCUUGAAAGUGGAUUGUUAUUAAGGAAGACCAUGGGACACCAGGCUCUCCAUACUCUUACUGUUUUCUUCUCUAUAUUUUCUGAUUAGGCAUGGUAUUAAAGCUAAAGUUAUUUUAUUUAAGGAUGAUAAAGGUUUUAUUUACUUUUAAUCCUGAUUAAAUUGAAGUAGUCUUCCAAAAGGAUUUUCUUUCAUAAAUGCUCAGUUUAGUUUUUGGUAAUUAAAGUAUAUAUGCCUGUCAGUGUGAACAAAAAGUCAUUCAUGCCUUAUCAAAAAUUGGCUUGUCAUUGUGUUUUAUCUCUGCAUUUACAAGAGGAUAUUAAUUAUGAAUUUAACAAUGAAUAAGAAGUCCAUGAAAAGAGUAUUUAUGUGUUCUAUAAAUAUUAAUUUUGGGUGAAUAUGUUGUAUAAUGGUUAAUUAAACAUUUUGCAAUUAAGUUCUCAUUUUGACCCCUCCAAGUAGGAGAAUACAUUCUUGUAUUUGUCUUUUGGUACAUAUGUGCAAAAAUUUUCUAGGGUAUAUUCCUAGGUGUGGAAUUAGUCAUGGAAUACACGUGUUCAGCUUUACUAAUGCCAAAAUGUUUACAGAAUAGUGGUAGCCAAUUACCUGCCCACCAGCAGGGGUUUGACAAUUCCCAUUGCUCUAUGUCCUAACCAAUACUUGGGUAUCUUAUUGUCCUUUUAAUUUGUAUUUCUCUAAUUAACAAAGAAGUUGAAUGUCUUUUCAUAUAUUUAUGAGCCAUUUGUCAUUCCUCUUAUGUAAAAUGCCCCUUAAAAAAAAUCUUUGUCCAUGUUUCUUUGGGUUGUCUUUUUCAUAGUGAUUUAUGGGAGUUCUUUAUAUCCUAGAUGUUAUUGUUAGUUACAUGUGUUUUAUAUAUUUUUUCUCAUUUUGUGACUUGUCUUCUCAACCCCUUUAUGGUUCUUUUGGUGCACCAAACUGCUAAAUUUUAUUGUUUAAAAAUUUUUCCCUCAUAAUAUGAUUAGUACUUUCAACAUGUUUUUAUUUAGAAAUCUUUCCCAACCCUGAGAUCAUUAUCAUAUUUCUAUACAUUCUAAAGCUGAAAUGUUUUGACAUUGACAUUUAGGUUCUUAAUUCAUCUGAAAUUUUGUGUAUGAUUUAGAAUAGAGAUAAAUUUUACUUUUUCCAAAUGUUUUUACAUAUUUCUUGAAUAAUUUGUCCUGUGUCUACUAAUCUGCACUGCUGUCUCUGCAGUAUAGCAACUUUCUGUAUACAUGUGUGUCUCUUUCUGAACUCUUCUUUCACUGCCAAAUCAACAAUCUUAAUUAUUAUAAUUCUAAAAUAAUUUUUGAUAUCUGGUAGGUCAAGUUUCCUAGCUGCCUGCUCACCCACCAGUUUUUCUUCUACAGCAGUUCCUUGGCUAUUGUCCAUUUCUUUUUCAUAUAAAUCUUAACAUCAUCUUUUCAAGUUCUGUGAGAAACUUUGGUGGGAUUUUGAAGGGAAUAGUAUUAGUUCUGUGGAUUAAUUUUAGAGGGUAAUUGACACUUUUAGGAUAAUUCAUUUUCUUAUCCAUGGACAUGGUACUUUUCCAUAUUUAUUUAGAUCUUCUUUAAUCUUUUAAUAACAUUUACUAUUUUCUUCAUAAAGUUCUUACAUGUUUUUGUCGAAAGGAUUAUAAUUCUUUAUGAUUAUACUUAAACUAUUUUAGUUAUUAUAAAUGGUAUUUUUAAGAAAUUUACCUUUUCUAAUGUUAUUGUUGGUUAUAGACAUGCAUUUGGCUUUUGUGUAGUGCUCUUAUAAACAAAAAACUUUCUAGAUUCUUUUUAAUUCAAAUAGUUUAUAAAUGUAUUAAUUCUUUGGGGUUCUCCAUGAAGACAAUUGAUAUAAAAAAUAAAAUAAUGGCAUUUUA